AUGUCAGACGAUGAUUUCAUGCAAGAUUCUGGAGAUGAAGCUUACGACUUCGAAUACGAAGACGAGGAUGAGGAUGACUCCGGUGACAUCGGCAUCGAGAACAAAUACUACAACGCGAAACAGCUGAAAGUGGACAACCCAGCAGAGGCGGUGGAUGAGUUUUUAGGAAUACCAGCAUUAGAGCAAGACAAAAGUGAAUGGGGAUUUAAAGGAAUCAAACAAGCGAUCAAAUUGGAGUUCAAGCUAGCGAGGUACAGUGAUGCCGUUGAACAUUACCGUGAGCUUCUUACAUACGUUCGAUCCGCUGUGACGCGGAACUACUCCGAAAAAUCCAUCAAUAAUAUGCUUGACUACAUCGAGAAGGGUUCCGAAGACGCGCAGGCAUAUCAAUGCAUGGAGGAUUUCUACUCUUUAACACUCGAAUCGUUCCAGAACACCAACAAUGAGCGCCUUUGGCUGAAGACAAAUAUUAAACUGGCCCGGCUAUGGUUAGAGCGCAAGGAAUAUGGCCAACUCAGCAGAAAAGUCCGGGAGUUGCACCGCGCAUGCCUAAAAGAGGAUGGGUCAGAUGACGCCAGCAAAGGAACUUACUUGCUCGAGCUCUACGCCUUGGAGAUUCAGAUGUAUGCCGAAACAAAGAACAAUAAGCGGCUCAAAGCGCUCUAUCAGCGGGCCUUGCGCGUGCGCUCCGCCGUCCCCCACCCCAAGAUCAUGGGCAUCAUUCGCGAAUGUGGUGGCAAGAUGCAUAUGAGCGAAGAGAACUGGGAAGAGGCACAGAGUGAUUUCUUCGAGUCCUUCCGCAACUACGACGAGGCCGGCUCUAUGCAGCGAAUCCAGGUGCUCAAGUAUCUUGUCUUGACGAUGCUGAUGAAGUCGGACAUCAACCCAUUCGACUCGCAAGAGACCAAGCCUUACAAGAAUGACCCCCGUAUCUCCGCUAUGACCGAUCUAGUGGACGCCUAUCAGCGGGAUGACAUCCACACCUACGAAGCAGUGCUCCGCAAACAUCCCGACGUCCUCGCAGAUCCGUUCAUAGCCGAGAACAUCGACGAGGUCAGCCGCAACAUGCGAACGAAGGCUGUGCUCAAGCUUAUCGCUCCAUACACCCGAUUCUCCCUGCAAUUCAUUUCCAAGCAUAUCAAGAUUGCCGUGCCGGAGGUGCUCGAAAUCUUGAGUUUUCUGAUCCUCGACAAGCAGCUGGAUGCAAAGAUUGACCAAGAAAAAGGGACUGUGGCUGUUACUAGUUCCAGUGACGUGGACCGGCUGCGUGCGCUGCAGGAGUGGAGUUCCUCCUGCGGAGCCUAUGGAAGACUGCGCUCAAUGGUGACGGGUUCCGUCCCGAGGAAGCCUCCCACGGGCCCGCUACUGCUGGCGCAAUGUUCACCCCCGGGUUCGGUGACGAAUUGCCGAUGGGCAUGCGAGGAUCCCGACGACAAGGACGAGGGAAAGGCCCCGCGGGGUAAACUUGCCAGUGCGUCGUAA